UCUCUCCUCCCUCCAGCUGUUUCUCUGGCAGAGCUCUGGCCCAUUCAGGACGGCAGCCCUGCUGAGCAAAGAGCGCACGGAGCGGGUCUCCCUGGGAGCCUGGGAGAGAUGAGGAUGUUCUGGGGGGCUGUGCUCUGGGGGAUUGGAGGGGGUCUUGAAUGAAUGCAUGAACUGCUUUCUGGGCAAACAGCCACAACCCAAGAACAGUGUGAUUUCAAGAAAGAAGUCGGGGAACACAGGUCUCCUGCACAGCCUCCAGUGUCCUGAAGCCACGAAAGCCUUGGGAAGAUCUGGGUGGAGACCAGCCACAAGCUGGGCAGCUGGGACACAUUUCCUGGACAACUGAGACCUACUCACAGCAGUGCCUCUGAUCACAGCCAGCUCCCAGAGGGAAGGACCAGCCGGCAACUGGUGUCUUGAGGACCCUUCCAUCAGGGACAGGUAUUUCCAGCUGUGUGCUCAGAGACUGAUCAGCCUAAGACCCACGUUGGAGAGCUUUGGCCGUUACAACAGUGAAUAAACAAGAAUGGAUUUUGAGGAUUACAACUCCACCUAUGAGGAUUCGUACACAGAUGAUUUCGACACCAUUGUUGCUUUAGAGGAGUUCUCCCCCCUGGAAGGCAGGGUGGUCAGGAUCUUCCUGGUUGUGGUCUACAGCAUCAUCUGUUUCCUGGGGAUCCUGGGCAAUGGCUUGGUGAUCGUCAUCGCCACCUUCAAGAUGAAGAAGACAGUGAACACCAUCUGGUUCCUCAAUCUGGCCGUGGCAGACUUCCUAUUUAACGUCUUCCUCCCAAUCCACAUUGCCUAUGCCGCCAUGGACUACCACUGGGUGUUCGGGACGGCCAUGUGCAAGAUCAGCAACUUCCUGCUCAUCCACAACAUGUACACCAGCGUCUUCCUGCUGACUGUCAUCAGCUUUGACCGCUGCAUCUCCGUGCUCCUCCCUGUCUGGUCCCAGAACCACCGCAGCAUCCGACUGGCUUACAUGGCUUGCGUGGUGAUCUGGGUCCUGGCUUUCUUCUUGAGUUCCCCAUCCCUCGUCUUCCGGGACACAGCCCAUCUGCAUGGGAAAACAUCCUGCUUUAACAACUUCAGCCUGUCCGCCACCAGCUCUUCCUCAUGGCCCACUCACCCCCAAAUGGACACUGUGGGGUUUGGCCGGCAAAUGGUGGUGACCAUCACCCGCUUCCUAUGUGGCUUCCUAGUCCCAGUGCUCAUCAUCUCAGCCUGCUACUUCACUAUCGUCUAUAAGCUGCGGCGCAACCGCCUGGCCAAGACCAAGAAGCCCUUCAAGAUCAUCGUGACCAUCAUUAUCACCUUCUUCCUCUGCUGGUGCCCCUACCAUACGCUCUACCUCCUGGAGCUCCAUCACAGAGCCAUGCCUGGCUCCGUCUUCAGCUUGGGUGUGCCCCUGGCCACUGCCAUUGCCAUUGCCAACAGCUGCAUGAACCCCAUUCUGUAUGUCUUCAUGGGUCAGGACUUCAAGAAGUUCAAGGUGGCCCUCUUCUCCCGUCUGGUCAAUGCUCUAAGUGAGGACACAGGCCACUCCUCCUACCCGAGCCACAGGAGCUUUACCAAGAUGUCAUCCAUGAAUGAGAGGGAGACCAGCAUGCUCUGAGCCUCACCUGGAAGCCCCCAGUAGAUACUUCCAACCUUGGAGGCACAAAGCCAUGCCUUCUCAAGACCACAGCAAGAAUCUCUUGGGUACCCACAGCCCACUCUAUUUUGCAUGGGGCUGAGCAAUGUUUUGAGCUGGGAAUCCAGUUGGAACCCUUUUCUUCCAGUGGCAUGGUGGACAGAGCAUGCCAUGGUGCUUAGCCUUGGACCAGCAUCUCAUGCUUCUUGGGAGACCAGAUUUGAUUGAUGCAAAGCAAAAAAGAGAUUUCUCAAAAGCACUGCCAUGAAAUGGGAUGGGCUUAAGACAGAAGGAUUAAGCUACCUACUGAGUGCUCCCCAGAAAUGAUACCCACACUUUCCAAGGCCCAUUCCUGAUGUGAGCAGAGCAAGCACAGUGUGAUAUAAAUCAUGCCUUGUCCCAUGUCCCUACA